AAUACAAGAAGGUUCGAGGUUACAUAUGGCAAGUAGGUAUAUAGCAAACGUGUAAUAGUGUAGUACGUUAAUGUAUAAAACAUAAUAAUAUUAUAAAAGUUGAAAUCGAUAUAAUACAAUAAAUUACCUCGUAAUUUUUAUUAUAAAAUGAUAAAAACCAAUUACACUAAGGACACUAUUGCUACAGCCGGAGUACUGCAGUGGCAUAUAUUAUUGUGUUGAAACGCGCAAUUAUUUUCCGCAGUCAAUAUUAUGCAGUAAGCACCUACAGAAAUAUUUCAAACACAGUUUGACAAGUGACUUUUAUGUACAGGAACGUGUCUAGAUAUUUUUUUCUCGGGAUGGGGAGGAGUUAAUAUUUUUUCUAGCACCUAUUUCAAAUGUAUUUAUUUUACUAGGCAAUCAUUUUGUCGUACUUAUACAAUAUUAUUAGACAUAUUCAAUAAUGAAUAGUGGUAAUAAUAAUUGAUGGUACAUUUUUAAUCAUUUUUCGUCGUAAACUUAAAUAAUUCCAAAGGAUUCUGUAUCUGAUCCCAAUAAAUAAAAUUGUUUAAAUAAUUAGAACGAAAUUUAAAAAUAUUUAAAAUUACAGUUGCUCCUAAGUACGUCCUUACGUAAACAGUUAAUUAUGUUCAAUAUGUUCUAUGCAUAACAAAUAUUAUAUUAUAUUAAUUUAAUUUAUUAGACAAAAAGUAGUACAAAAUUAUAAUAUUAAAUUUGCGUGGCAAUAUUGUAUUCUAAAUGUUUUUGAUCUUGUUUACAGUAAUACUGUACAAUAUCUAAACUCGGACGAAAUAAACCAAGUGUUCAUUUUUUUAAGUGGUUACAUAGAAUACGAUGAAAUUAGAUAUACUGGUAUGCGGACUGGUAAAAAGAGGGCAAAAGAUACAUAAUAGGUACAUAAUUUUAGGGCAAAUAUCAACAAUUAUUUAGACAGUAAGGCAAAUUAUUUAAAAAAUCUGACAUACUCUUUACAAUAAGUGGAUCAGUUUAGAUUCUGAGUGGAGCGAAGAAGCUGAUGGUUUUACAAAGAUGUUUUUUUUUCUGUGGACAACUUUUCUAUUAGCGAUUUUGCUCCAAUUUAUAAUGGUAGCAAUGUUUCUAAAAGGAAAUUCGACUGGGAAGGUGCUAUAAAGUGAUCAUUUUUUGAUUUUCCCAGGAGUUUUCUCAACAAAUGUGAAAAACCGGGAAAAACGUAGGAAAAUUGGGAAAAUCGGUAAAACAAUAAACAAAUAUUAUCAAAGAAAAUACAUAAAGCCUAUUUGAUUAUUUUACUACGCAAUUACAUAUAUAAUGUUGACAAAGCAUCACUAUCAACUGAACUCCGCUCAGAAUCGUUUUUUCGUAAGCAAUGGUUUAUCGUUGCGUACAGAUAUACAUUAAAUUCCCGUCUAUAUCCAACCUUCCCAACUUCCUAUCUACACCAGUGGCUGCACCCGUCCCCAUUAUCUUACCAUUUUUUCCAUUUGUAUUCUGAUUUCCCGUCAUAUUGAAUUCUUUCCUCUUGGAAUUAACACGUAGUUUUUUUUUUUAAAAAAUAAGUUCAAUAGAUAUUAUUUUGAAUUCUCCCGUAAUACAAAUGAAGAAAAACAUGCUACGCCAUAGUCAAUACUUGUUAAUUAUUAAUUUGCGUACCGCUUGUUUUUAACACCACGAGCCGCUACUGGGCGGACUCUGGAUAUCAAAUUCACAAGCAGUUAUUAAAUUAAAUCGUCAAACGUCCAAACAGUAAUCGGUCAAUGGGGGGGGGGGGGUUGAACGUCAUGACCUCCUACGCGAUUAAACGUGAAUAGACGAACACUGCGCAUGCGAAAAAUUUACCGAGGAACGCUAUUUUUUACAGGCGCGACUGUCGACGCGACCAAUGGCGUGAGAGAUGGUCGCGCCGAACAGCAAAAUCACAGAAAUCUUCGAAACAAUAAAAACGUAUACACGGAAUACGGAUUCUAUGUCUCUAGCGCGAAUCAAGAUCGUUCGUCACAAUUCGUGGUAUUUAGAUUUUGAAUUUAUUACCGUUACCAUUAUCAAGUAAAAUAUUCGUAUAAUUGAUAACAAUCGUCGGUAUCAUUGGUGUACACCACCAACGAUAUUUUAUAGUUUUGGAAAACGCGCGGGACGUCGACGCGAACGUGAACACACACACACGACGCGGCGUAGCGUGAACCCGCCUUAACCCGGUAACCCCGCGGCGUAAAUUGCGCCGCGUCGCGUUUUGAUAAGUCGCCGUCCGCCCGCCGUGUCGCGGGUCGUCGUGGUCGUCGCUGUAUUCGCCACGUUCCUUUAUCUGCGGCCCGGACUAUGAUUAUCUUGGCCCGUGGUUCAGCGAUAUUACCCAUAUAAUCCGUUAUCGUUUAUUUAUUUUUAAAAUCCCAUAGGUAUCGUGUUUUAUGUUGUUUUGCGAAUAGCCAUGCGAGAUAAUAAUGAUAAUGCUCCGAGGUCUCGUCUAGUUCUAAUCGUUUGCGUACCCAAAUGUGAUAUCACGAUAACGGGUACUAAAUCCCGCCAUUGAUAAUGCAAUAUUUUCUGCGACGUUGUCUACGCAUUCGUCGUAAAUGUUGUUCGCCAUAGAAAAGUACAUUAUAGUAUACUACCGUUUUUUUUUCCAUUUUUUAAUAUUUACUGCUUAAUCAAAUUUCGUUCCGUUUUGCGUUUCGAACACAUAAAUACAUGUAUUUAUUUUGUAUGUAAUGUUUCCGGCGUUCCUUUCGAAUCGAUACCUACGUAAUACAAUUCUGUAAGUGAUCCACGAAAUAUGAAUUCUGUACGAAUGAGAUGAGCGCAACAUUCGGUCGAGUUAAAUGAGUACUUAUCAUAGUUUAUAAGUAGGUAAAGUGGUACGUGAUUUAAAAUAAAAUAAAUUUCAAAGUACAUAAUAGCACGUUGUACAUUUCUGUUGUUUAUAGCCGUUUCUAGAUUUUUAACGAGUACAUUACUAUUUGACACAAAAUAACACUUUGUGAUACAUGGUACACGACCGGUUACUUGUGGGAUGAGUAUAUUAAUUUUUGACUAUAAAAAUAUCUUUACUUAUCGAGAUAAAAAAAAAUAAUAAAUGUUGGCCGGCAUUUGGUAGUAUUUAAGUAGGCCACAAUGUAGAAAAGAUAUCCUCUACAUAGUGAGGUAGGCGUAUUAAUUAUAUAAAUAUAUUUUUAUAUCCAAAUUUACUUUAAAUAUAUUAGCUGAUUUGUCGAAACUAUAGGUGCCUAUGUAUGCCAUUAGAUUUCUUAGUGUUAUUAUUAUUAUUAUGAUUAGAGAUUUUUAAGAAUAAUUUCAUACAAACAUCUUGACAAAUUUUUAGUAAAGACACAGUGAUUGUUAUAAUCCUUUUGAAAUAAUGAUUUAUAACGGGUAUUCUUAACCGGGUUAUGUAGUUGAUUACACAGAUGGUCCACUGAAUGCCUGCGAGUUUUUUAUCAAGUAAACCAAAAUUAAAAGUAUCAAUUUUCUUUAUUGGUUGCCAUCAUAAAAAAAAAAUUACAACAUAAGAAAAAUGAGAAAUGGCAUAGUGUUAAUGAUAAAAUUAAUAUUUUAGUAGUACAAAAUACACAAAAAUUUAAAUUUAAAAACCCACAUUCUUUACAACCACGAGUUACUAAUUUAACUUAAUUUUCAAUAAAGCUGAAAACAAUUUAUUAAAUAAAGAGUAUAAAUUUGAUACAUAUCAAAACAUUAAACUUUCUGAUUUUGUGAUUUUACCUGACGAUGGAUUUUUUUAAUUUGAAACUGGUCAUACAUUACACAUAUAAUACUCGAGGCAACACAUUUAUUUAUUUAUACAAUGUGAAUCUCUUAUAAAUUAUAUAAAAUUUCAAAAUCAAACAAGAUAUAACUUAAUCAAAAGCAUCAAUUAAAACUACAAAAAUUAACCUAAUAAAAUAUUAAAACAAAAUAGUAUAAUUAAAAGACAAAAUACAAUUAUUAACUACAUAGUGAAUAAAUUAAAAAUAAAUAAUUCAGAAAUAGUUCCAGUGGAUAAAUCUAAUGUUAUUGUUAUCAUUUGCACUAAUAAAAUUCAUAAAAAAAACUUUAGAUUUUAUAAAUAAUAAUAACAUUUAAAACUUAACAUGUGACCCAACUUUAAUUUACACUAAACAAAUUAGAAAGAAAUCAUACCUAAAGUCCAAAAGAAAAUAUUACUAAAAUCUGAUAACAAAAUAGAUGUGCCACACUUACAUCAAUUCAUAAAAUUAUAUGAACAAGAUAAUCUGAUUCGUUCAAUAUUUAUUUAUUUAUAAACUUUAAAAUUGUAUAACCUUGUUAAAUAUUUAGACUCAUAAAAGUCAAAUUAAACAAGCAUACUAAUAAUUCUAUAAGAAAAAAAAAAAAAAAACACUUAUGUUUUCAUUGAAAAAAUUAAUAAAAUUAAUAUUGUGCCAUGUUACAAAAUGAUUUUUCUUGAUGUAAAAUAAAUGUGUAUACAUCCAUUCCUAAACACAAAAUAGUACAUUUUUAAAAAAAUAAACUAAUAUACACAGCAAUAAAUUUCAUACCCAUUCUAACGAAUUACAAGAAAUUAUUCAAUCAAUAAUUAAAUGUAAUUAAUUAUUUAAUUUUGUAAUCAAAACUAUUUCCGAUAUAAUAGUAAAUUGCAAAAAGAAUAAGGGUUAAUUAUGGUUAGACCGUAAAGUGCUCUUUUAUCUGAAAUUUACAUGCAAAAUUAUGAAACCAAUAACAUUAUUAACAACAAAAUAUACAGUCCAUAAAAGCAUAUUAUAGAUUAUGUUGUUGACACUUUAUUUUAUUUAGAGGUUCAAAUAGGAGAAAAUUUAGUUAACUAUUUAGACAAAAUAAAUUAAAACAUUCAAUUUACACUUGAAAUACAAACAAAUAAUAAAUUACAUUUCUUAGACCUUACAGUUUCCGUGUUGAAAAAUAAAUUUGGUUUAUGCAGGUAUUUGUGGUAAUCCUAUACAAACUGAUGCUAUAAUACCACAUGAUUCUAAUCACCCUUAUUCUCCAAAAAUAUAAUUUUUUAAUUCAAUAUUCUAUAGGCUUGAACGUAUUCUAUUAAAUAAACAUAAUUAUCAACAGGAGCUCAAUAUUAUCUAUAAUAUAGCCGAUAGAAAUAAUUUCAAUUUAAAUACUAUUAAAAAAUGCAUAAACGUAUUAAAGGAAAAAUAAUACACUACUCGCCAAAUAAUGUUUUUAACUAUUGUAGGUAUGAAAUAUCAAAAUAAUAUAUCUAAAAAAUUCUGAACAAUAAUAGAAAUAAUCUAAAAAUAACUUUUAAGACUAAUAAUAAUUUAAUUAAACAUAAACAAUCUAACUAAAAUCUUCACAAAAAAAUCUCACUUCUUUUGAAAAUGAUAGUAUAUAUAAACUUAAAUGUAAUUAAUUGUAAUGAAUUGUAUAUAGUUAAGACAAAUAAAAAUUUUAAAAUAAGAUAUAAAGAACACAUUUCUGAAAUAUGAUUAAAAAAGACUGCCCCUUAUUCAAAUUUUAAUUAAUAUAUUUUAGAAAAUAUUAAAUAACCAUAAUAUAAUUAUUCAGAUAAAUACAGACUUAGAAAUAUUAAAUACCCAAAAUAACAUUUACAUUAAUUCAAUUUUAAAAGAAUUACAUGUGCACAAUGAAAUAAAGAAAAAUAAUUUAAAUAAUAUUUUAAAUGUAUAAACCGAUUUUACAAUGUAUUGUACCAAUAUACAGUACAUUUUAGAUAAUUUAUAUUUUUUAAUAUAUCUAUAUCUAAUAAUAAUUCAUUUUAAAUAAUCUCUCCUAUUAAAAUAAAUUAUUUCUAUGUAAAAUAACCAAUUUGUAUAAUUUGUUCUCUAUGUAUUCUUUUAUUUAUGUUUUUGACUGAUUUACCUAAUGAUGAAUUCUUAAUUUGAAACCGGUCAUACAGUACACAUAUUUUAAUACUUCAGGCGACAAAUUUAUUUAUUUAUUUAUGAGUAGUAACCAUUUAAUAAUUUUGCUUUUAGUCUAUUAUUUUAUUAUUUAAACUGAAACUCAAAAAAAUCACUUGUGUGCAUCCUAAAUGUGAUUGAUCACAACAUUUUGUCAACUAAUUAGUAAGUCUUAAUUUUAUUAUUAUAAUAAAAUAAUGUUUUUUUUUUUUUGUAGGGGGGGGAUUCCGUGGCUUAAUACUAUGCUUUAUACUUUUAGGGAGUCCAUAAUCUGAAAAUGGUUAAGAACCUUUAAUUUAUAGUUCAAUAAUUUGUAUACCAUUAGAUAGGUUGAAUAAUUCACAAAAAUUUGCUAAUGUUUUUUUCAUUUACAGAUAGUUUACAAUGUCUACACUGUUUAGUCUCGAUGCAGCAGAGUCAGUUAUUGACAAUAAUCAUGGAUCAAAUAAUGUAAAGUUACUUCCAAUAUUUAUGCAAUCAUUUACUAUUAACAGAAAUAAAGCAAAAUGUAUAAAAUGUAAUGCAAUUUGUAAAUUAGAGGCAAAUCAUAUUAUUUUUCAUUUGUUGGUAUGUAAUGGAGCGAUGAAAAUAGAAAAAACUACUAUACCAAACUACAAAUUUAAUUGCUUGCUGUGUCAUUUUGAAUUUAAUAAUUUUAACAAUUUUAAAAAUCACUUCUUUAAAUAUGACCAUAUUAAAAACAGUUUUGAUACCCGUGCUACCACUAGCUAUUCAUAUAGUUGCACUUCGUGCAAUACUCAUAUGUACGGUUUUAAAAACUCUAUAUUAGAACAUAAAUGUAAACCUAAAAAGCUGUCAAAACUAUCAGAAUUAAUGGUCUAUGUUUAUGAAAACUUCAACAUCCAUCAUAAAAACACAAUUUUUUAUUGUGCAGAUUGUUCUAAUUACACUUUCAAUAUGACUGAUUUGCACAUAAAAAAAAACUGUAAAGCUGCUGCUGAUGAUUCUGUUCGUUUUGAGUGUAACUCGUGUUUGAUAACAUUUUAUGAUUCCAAAAGAUUAUCUUAUUUUGUUCAUAAGAUUUGCUCUGAACAUAUAAUACUUUGGUGUUUAAAUGGCGACAGAACUUCAAGAUUAUCUGCUUCUAAAGUUCCUAAACUACCAUUACACAUUUCUAAGUAUUUUAUUAAUUGCUCUGUUUUAAAUGAAUCUUAUUGUACUAUCUGUGAUGAAAUAAUUAAGUUCUCGGACAUUGUUAUUUAUAAUCAUCAUAUUAAAUGUAUUUCUUCAAAAAACAUAACGUUUUUAAAUAAUAACAUUCCGUUAAAAACAAUAAAUUGCAAUUUAUGUGAUUUUCAAAAUUCUUCAGCUGAGGAAGAAGAUAUGUACCAAUGUUGGGUAGAUCAUAUAAUAAGUUUUCUACAUUUAAGAAUGAUAGAACAGAGCAAAGAGAAGUUUAAAUUGUAUUCAUACUACUGUUACACUAGUAAAACUAUAUUUUAUGGAUCAGAAGAUUAUAUUAUAAAGGAACAAAUGUUGUCAAAUAAUAAUGCAAUUGGACAUAUAUUAUACGUCCCUGAAAUAAUGGUUGCAACGUAUAAUCAAUUAAAUACAUUUUUUAGCUCUGGUUUUUUAUUUUGUUGUGGUUUAUGUAAAGAUUUUCCGACCAAUAGAUAUUGUAAACAUUCAAAUAUUGAAUUUGAAAAAAUAUUUCAUUGUUCUUCUUGUGAAAUAGUAUUCAACGUUCAAUCUGACUACAAUGAACAUCUUGUUAGUAGCGAACAUAUUAUUUUAAAUUACUUUAAACCCGAUAGUGAAAAAGAGUUAGUAUUUAUUAAUCAUUUGACAAAUUUAAAACCUAAUGUUGAUGAUAAAAACCUCAUAAACAGCACCAAUGGAUGUAUCUUUAUGCCUCUUACAGACAGUGAUUAUGAUGAAGACAAUUUCGAACAAUACAACAGUAACAGUUUGGUAUCUCAAAAUUUAAGUAGUGAAUUAUGUUCUUCAAGUUUAGAAUCUUUUGAAACUGAAGGUAAACAGUCUUGUGCAAGUAAGAAAGAUACAGAAUGCAUAAAUAAUGCAAAGAAAUUAGUAAGUUGUCGGUCUUCUUCAACAUUUGAGUCUAAAGAAAAUUUGGUGCAUUGUAAUAAAAAAAAAAUUGCUUCAAGGUUCAUAGAUGCACUUUUGACACAACCAAAAAUAUCUUCUCUUAAUAACUAUUUAAGGAAAAAUUUUGAAUUGUUAAAUGAUAUGUCAGAGGUAAUGAAUAUAUUUGUUAACUCAAAGGUUUUUUUCUGUGCCAUCUGUGAUUUAGUUUUGUCUGAGGAUAAAGAUUGGACUAAACAUGAUACAAUGUUUCAUAAUGAAAUUAAUGAUUUAUUUGUUUUCAACUGUGCCAUUUGUCAAAUUUACUAUAUCAGUACUUCAAAUGAUCUUAAUGAUCAUAUCCAUAAGUCUAUAGAACACAAUGUAAUGGUUAAAUUUAAAGCAUACGUGAAACAGAAUAAAGAUUCCAACAAACCAAUAAUUUAUAAUAAUGAUUUAACAGAGCAGGUUGAACAAAACCAAAAACCAAACAUAAAUAAUAAAAACUAUGUAGAAAUCAAAGGUGAAUUUAAUUCCUCAUAUUUGUUAUUGUUUUAUAGGAAAAAUUGAAUUGUAUUUUACUAUUACUGUAUAUAACUGUAUAUAAAAGUAUAAAUAUAUUUUAGUCUCAUAAUGCAAGUGAAAUUAAUAAGAAAAUAUAAUUUAUCAUUUAAAACUAAAACAUGCAGUUAUGUACACUAUAAAACUAUUACAACUUGUUUGAGUAAUUUAACUUGUAACUAUAAUAUUAUGUUAUAUGUCUAGAUGUAAACAGCAAUUUAAAACAAAAUGGUUAUUACUUGUUAAACAAAUUGUUAAAAAAAAAAUAUGGAAAAUUCAAACAAAUUUUAAAUCUAAGUACUUCAUUCAUUGUUCUAUUUAAGAAUAUGUAUGUGGAUUUAUUAGUAUUUUAUUCAUUACCUAAAUAUUGUAAAGUUUUAAUUACUGAUGAUUUCUAUUUUUAGAGAGAAAUUUAAAGACUUGCUUGAUGACUCAGAGUCUUUGAAAAAACAAUAUGGUUUUAAAAUUAAAUGUAUAGAACUUAAUGAAGGUAUAAUAGUUUAUUUGUUUACAUUGAAAAACUAAUUUAUUUAUUGUAAUAACUGUUUGUUUUAAGGAGAAAUGUUGUCAUCUGAAACAAAAAACCUGUUUUGUAAUUGGAAUACAUUAUGUAAUGUAAUCGAAAGUGAAUUGAUCUCUAUACAAUUGGCAUCAAACUCAAAUCUAAAAACACAAGAAAAUAUCAACAGAUUGUGUCAUUCACUGUGUGCGUUAAAAAAUGUUUUGAGUUUGACUUCAUCGUUGGAGAUUUAUGUUUUUGGAUCAAAGACUUAUGGAUUAGCAAAUGUAAAUAGUGAUGUGGAUCUAUACAUAGAUAUAGGUAAAAUAAAUUAAGGUUUUAAUUGUUAAAACUUUUGUCUAUAAUAUAACAGGCUUUAUUUUAAAGAUUUGAUAGAAUUCCGUUUGACUGAUAUAUUGAUGAUUCAGGAUGAGUACAAUGCUUUAUAUAACUAUGGCCAGCUCAAAUAUUUUUUAUUUUUUUGGAAAUUGUCCUGUAAUCACUAUUGUUGUAUUGUACAUUCUAUACUUCAAUUCUAUCUGUAAUUACUACAGGAUUAAACUAUUAUAAAUUCAAAUUUUAGAAAUUAUAACUACAACUGCACGUUUCUUAAAAUCUGGAGCUACACAAAAUGUGUCCAAACACAUACAAAAAUAAACUCUAAUACUAUUUAAUUAUUUAAAAGUUUUGAAUAGUUUGUAAACUAUAUAAUAUAAAUAAUUUAGAAGAAAAAACAUAUCUAGUUUAGAAAGAAUGCGUAUUGUGAUGUACCAUAAUAUACCUCACAAAGUAUUAUUUUUACUAAAUGGUUAGAAAUAUGUUAGAUUUGACUUAGUAUACAUCAUUUUAAUUAAUAACUCAGUUUUAUAGAAAAAUAUGACUUGCUGUUUCUACAAUCAUUGAUUUAAUUAUAAAUAGUAGACAAUGAGUUAGAUCUUAUUAGGAAAAUUCAUGGACCAUGGUAAAAUGCGUCAAUUAACCAAUUGUUUCCAAUAGAGUAGGGUGGUCCAACCUUUUGUAGUUGGCAGGCCAAUUUACACAUUCAUAAAAACACUGCGCGCCGCCAAAAAAAAAAAUAAAUUAUAUUAUUAUUUAUGUUUUAUUUUGUUACAAACAUAUUAUAUAAUGCUUAAUUAUUACAUAACAAAUUAAUAUUAACAAAUAGUUAUAAUGAUUACAUUAAUCAUAUUUGGAAUUUAGAUUUCAGAUGAUUGGCAUUGUUUUUCAGAAGACAACUUUUCAGUAUCAAUUGAACACCCUGUGGUCGUUAAUCUGAUACAUGUUUCUAAAGACAAAUUGUGAUUAUGGUUUCUUGAUUUAGACUUUAUUAAAUUCAUAGCAGAAAAUACCGUUUCAAAAAUGUAUAUACUUCCAAAUAAUGAAAAAAUUUCUUAACAUUCUUUUAAUAUAAGUUCUGGGGGGGGGACAAAAAAAAAGCUUUAGUCGCAUGCGACCUGUGGUCUAGAUAUAUUGGGUACUGUAUUUUUUGUUUAAUAAAUUUUAAAUUACCUUAUACGUUAUGUAAAACAUGUGUCUAUCUAACAAUGUCAAUUUUUUGAUUGAUUUGAUUCCUACCUUCGUAAGAGUAAUUGCUACUCACAGCCUUUUUCAACUGCACUGUGCUGGACUACUCUCCUGAAGAUAUUUGAUGAGGGUCUCGCUGUUUUCUUCUUUUAAAUCAUUAGUCAGUCUGUUCCAAGUGUUUGUGGAUUCAAAACCACAUUACAGAUAUUAUCUUGUUUCAUAUAACGCGAUUUUAUCAAUUUUCCAUGUUCCUAAUAAGCGUCUUUUACUGGAAUGUAUUUAAACAAAACAAAUUUUAUUUGUAUACUUUUUUUAUUCUACUUUUGAUGAGAAUUUUUUCAUUUUUACACAUGAAACAUUUAAAAUUUAAUUUUAUAAUGUAAAAAUAAAAAAUAUACAUAGAAUGGUUAAAUUUUAAAUUCAAGCUUUGAGUGUCAUUAGUGGAUGGCUGCUCAUAUCAAAGAUUCUAUGUAUUUUAAAUAGAAUAAUUUUUAUUUUUUAUGCUAUGUCUAACCUGUAUCACAUAUACUUAUUGUGCCUUUCUAAGUAUAGAUUAUGUAUUUCCAAUAAAAAUAAAAAAUAAAAUGUUAUAAUGUAUAUAAUUAAUCUAAACAAAUCUCUAAUAUAAAAUUUUUUUUCACGAUUGUUGUUUUUAUUUACAGGACACACGUUUAAUGGCGAUAUAGCAAAUGAUAUAGAUCAACAAAUCUAUUUAGUAAAUUUGUUUGCUGAACAUUUUCUUUUAAAACCUAAUGAAUUUAAAGACGUUGAAGAAGUUUCUGACGCACGUGUACCGAUUGUAAAAUUCUAUCACAUACCGACCAAACUCAAUUGUGAUGUGUCAUUCAAGAGUGGUUUGAGUGUAUGCAAUUCUGAACUGAUCAAGUAAGUAGCUUAUCAGAAUUAUAAAUUAUUUAUAUCAGCCAGAAUAAUUGUAAAAAUAAUAUACUAACUAUUAAGCCCCUAAUCAUUGUCAUAGUAUGUACCUGUCAAUGGACGAUACUGUAAAGUGGAUAGUGUGUGUUGUUGCUAAGAAAUGGGCUCUACAAAAUAAUUUGAAAGAUAGAAAAUUAUUUACCAGUUAUGCACUGGUAUGGUUGGUAUUAUUUUAUUUGAUGGUUGAAAAUGUUAUACCGCCAUUGGUGGAGAUUGUGAAAAACACCACAUUCGAUACUCAAGAAUACAUAGAAGGUAUUGUAUUAUCAGCUGGUGCUGUGGAGAAAAAAAUAUAUAAUACAAUUAAUAAUAUUUAUAUAUAUAUAUAUAAAAAUUACAGGCUGGAACUGCACAAUUGGAAAAUGGAAGAGUGGCAUCAAAUUCAAUAACCGUUACCAACUGUUGUUAGGUUUUUUCAAAUUCUACACCCAAAAAACAAUGCUUAAGGAAUAUGUACUAUGCACAUCUACAGGCAUUUGUAUGAAAAAGUUAAAUUUUUUUGAAAAGUUCAACAAUUUGUCCAGAGUAAAACAUACAAAGUUUAGAACUUUUUCAUCAAAAGUUAAAUCAAACUUUAAUAAAUUCAAUGGUUUAGUUUUACAGGAUCCAUUUGAACUCUCAUUUAACAUAACUAAAAACAUAACUAGUAAUAAUUUAACAAAUUUUUGCAAGUUGUGUGAUCAAACUGUGACAGUUUUACUCAAGUUGAAGUAAUAAGCAUAAAAGAUCACACUGUAAUAUUUAACAAUUUUUUUAGUCAUUAUGAUUGUAUUUUAUGUUAUAAUAAUUAUUAUAUUAUUAUUAUUUUUUUUAUUAAAUAUUCUAAAAUAAAUCUUCUGAAA